CUCACAUGGGAAAAAGGCGGAAAAAAAAAGAGCCAGAGACAUAAUUCAAAUUCUCCAUGGACACAGCAUUGACAUUUUCAUUCUGGAUCGUUGUGCCGGUCUGAACCCCGUCAGGCAGGAGGAGGUGUAAGCAAGGUAAAACGCUCACCACCAACCGUGGAAAGCGAAGUCCAACAAGUGAUGAAAGAAAGGACUUUCAAACCACAUCCAACACACACCCCCCACGCAUGUUCCCUGUCACCCCUGACCAACCCCAUAACUGCUCAAACCCCAGAAAUAUCCAUAAUCUGCGAUCAAAGAAACUCUACUCCCCACCACUGCUGAGAACGGUAAGUCACCGCCCGAAACACAAUAUCAUGAGGUAUGUAUGUACAAUACAUACAUUGACCAUGGGUACUAACCCACAUGAAAUAAUAAAACCCGCAACCGUUAAAAGCCUUCUGGUAGCAAAGUGCGCAAAUGAGCGGGGAAGAGGGGGAGGGAGGGACAUAAGCUGUGUAUGUAUCUUGUUUUUUAACAUGCCUUUGUAGCAAUAUGCGAUCGAGCCCUGUGGACAAUUACCCCCGUACACAAAGCGCGAUUAUACCCGCUACAAGUGUUGGUUAUUUAUAUUAUUGUUUGUUUCUGGCUGUGUAUGUACCCCGGACAUUACUGCCCGAUGCUUCCCUGCCGGGGUCACCGUCAUCACCAAAAAAGAAAAGAGAAGAAAGAAAAAAGGAAAGAAGCAAGCAGCGCGACUAGCAGCGGUCAAGCAGGGUCAAGCAGACAGACAGGCAGCCGCAAGUCGGUCAGGGCUCAGGAGGGAGUUCUCCGGCGCAGUCAGUAUGGCGGUGGACGGACGGCGGGAAGCGGACGCAGCGAACAGCGGUAACUACGGCGCGACUUGACGUGCAUAACAAAAAAGCCAUCAACUGCUUUUGAUUCAGGGCUCGAUCCAGGCCUGUAUCCGUCACUUGAUAUUUUCCCCAUUGCAUGCGAAGUUGCGAACCCGGGAGAAGGCGGCCGGGGAGUGGAGAGCUACAUAGUACAGCUUUAAAAAAUGGGUUGCAUGUCCACACUUUUACUGGCCAUAUGCAACGUACUCUCCACAGUUUACGACAAGGGGUGGCAAGGUUGAUUCCCCCUGCUUUGCACCUUGCAUCUGGACCCCGUCCAUCCAACGCCGAAACAAGUAACUUGGACGACAGCAGCCGACACAGCAGGGCCAGGCACCGCGUCUAUCUUGCCCGAAAGCGCUUGCUUCCCCGCAAAAAGACAAAAGAGACAAGGAUUUAAAACAUGAUGAAUCAUCUAUUUUGCUUGACGUCUCAUAGGCCAGCCAGCCAUCAAUCAAUCAAUCAAUUGCUCCCAACAAGUGCUCAAGCAGGCAUUCAUCGUAUAAUAUCAUCAUCGAUCUCAGAGUCACACGGAGUACUACUCCGUACAGAAGCAGAAAUUACCCUCGACAAUGAAACAUACACCACAUGACUUAUCUACGCUUCUUCUUUCAUCAACCACCCUCUUGCGCCAGCCAGCGUGAAACCGUAACAUUUUUAUAGUCUGUUUCAUCAUCAACGCCCACUGGCUGCCCUUCCUUCCUUGCCACUAAUAAAGUACAGAGUACAUAUACAUAAAUACACAUAACCCAUUUCUUCUGGCAGCUAUUGUUGUUUUACCAGAGAUCGCGCGCGCGAAUCAGCGACGCCCCCGCCUCACUUCAUCUUGACCCCCACGCCCUUUGCCCCUCUUCUUCACCACCCUCAAAUGCGACUACUCGUUAACUAAUUGCCAACACUUUGGCGUUUGGCGUUUGCACACAUAAAGUUACAGAGGUAACUAGUUAGCACUCUGGAAGAGGAUCUUUUGAGUGGAGUAGAAAGACAGGGGUUGUACUCUUCCUGCCUGCCAGCCAGCCAGCCAGGGGGUAUCUAUCUUUCUCUCGUGCGGGGAAAUAUAAUAUUUCCCCGAGACAUGAAGCACUGGGGUAUAAUAAUAAUAUGAUGCUUAUGGCCCAGUUCCUCUAUCCAAGAGGGUUUUAUGUCGAUACAGGUGCACUUCUUCAGCCCUGAAUAACAAACUCACUGCUAAUUUCUAAAUGAUGGGGAUGGAAGGUUUCACUCCUUCAUCGCCGAGUGCAGGGAUGCGCAGCGUGGUAUUCUCCGCAGCGCCCCCAGCUGGUUUAAAUAAGUUUAGCCUUCGAACUUGGAAGAUAUAAUCCGCAUAAUAAUAUAUAAUCCAUCCCCGAGUCCAACCCCCCCUCGCUAACAACGUCUCAGGCACGUCACAUGCAUGGCAAGGUCAGAUCGCCCGUUUACCCUCAGCUACCCGCUUGAGUAAUUGUGAAGGGGGGAGUGCAUCUCAUCUCUCUGCGAAGGUUGAAAGCAGAGAUCUUGCAUCGGACUGAGAUUAUUAUUACUCCUCAGACGUUUUCAAAGUACGCACAGUUAAAAAAAGCAUUGGGGCCCUCUUUCUAAAUCAUUAUUUCAUUCCAAUUAUUAAUACACGAGAAAACACAGCAUUGCGGCCGGUUUCGCACAUAUAUCACAACCACCUAAGCCACAGAUCUAGUUUAACUCAUGCUGUGAGUAGAAAAAGAAUAUGAAAGAAGAAAAAAAAACAAUCCCCUAUUCCCGCUCCGCCGCGUUUUCCUCCCCUUAUCUCCGUGUCUUAUCCAUCGCGACCACGGGUGUAUGUAUUCCUCCCCCGCAUAGUCGCAUCCGCGAGAGGGAGUAAUGAUGGGGUGGAUGGGUGGAUGGGUGGUCGGGCUGCCAAUUGGAAAAAUCAUGAUUACCUCUGCGAAGUAUUAUUAUUAUUUAUCUCGUAUCUUCGAUCGUUUAAGCGAUUUAUUAUCCAUUUUAUUAGAUCAUCAUUUUAUUUAUUUCACGGAAAU